AGUGAAGCCACAUUGCCAAACUUGCAGCAGCGAUUGCAGCAGUUGCUGCCGCUGCGCCGCGCCGCGCGGGCCGAGGGCUCCUGCAGCUGCUCGCGCGGAGCCGGAGGCGGAGAAGAACGACGAGGACCGAGACUGACGCUUCUGCUUCCCGGCGCCUGCCACUUACGCGGGGCCCCCCAACCCAGCCUCAGAGCAGCGCGUUAAAAAAAAAAAAAAAGAAAAGAAAAGCAGCCCUUAGCCCCCUCCUCCCCUUUCCUGCUUCUGCGAGAACAUCCCCCCCCUCCCUCCAGCUCCGCCAGCCAAGGCGCCCCUUCCUUGGAAGCCGAGCGGCUUCGCUCGAAUUUCGCCGCCGCCGCCUCUCGCAAUAUUGCAAUAUAGGGGAAAAGCAGACCAUGGUGAAUCCGGGCAGCAGCUCACAGCCGCCCCCGGUGACGGCCGGCUCCCUCUCCUGGAAGCGGUGCGCAGGCUGCGGAGGCAAGAUUGCGGACCGCUUUCUGCUCUAUGCCAUGGACAGCUACUGGCACAGCCGGUGCCUCAAGUGUUCCUGCUGCCAGGCGCAGCUGGGCGACAUCGGCACGUCCUGUUACACCAAGAGCGGCAUGAUCCUUUGCAGAAAUGACUACAUUAGGUUAUUUGGGAAUAGCGGUGCUUGCAGCGCUUGUGGACAGUCUAUUCCUGCGAGCGAACUCGUCAUGAGGGCCCAAGGCAAUGUGUAUCAUCUGAAGUGUUUUACAUGCUCUACCUGCCGGAAUCGCCUGGUCCCAGGAGAUCGGUUUCACUACAUCAAUGGCAGUUUAUUUUGUGAACAUGAUAGACCUACAGCUCUCAUCAAUGGCCAUUUGAAUUCACUUCAGAGCAAUCCACUACUGCCAGACCAGAAGGUCUGCUAAAAGGUCAGAGUAAUGCAGAAUGCGUGCCUUCAUCUCAGAUCUUGUUCAUCACAGGUGGAUCCCGUGUGUCUUCAGUAGACAAGUCACCUUUGUAGCUAGCACCAGUGCCAGCUCCAUGCCAUUGCACCUUCUUUAGUCUUGAUUGCCCUUCUUGCAUUUAUUGGUGUAUUAAAAUGACUGAAUAUGAACAUUAAGGACUCCAUGAACCUGGGCUAAUGGGAGACUGUAGAGAAAAUGAAAAAAGAUCCACCGGAGGACAUCUUUGGGGGGGAGGGAGCUUGGGAGGAGGGAAAUGACUAAUGAAGCUAAUUAAAAGAAGCAUUCAAAUCUGCUUUCUACCCUCAUUAACAAUUAGCAGGGCACUGGCCAGAGUUUGUACCCUGUGUUUUUACCUUAACAACAUUCUAUUUGCUCUUUGUAUAUUUAAGUGUUGUAAGGAAAUGUGUUUCAAUCAAAACUGAACAUGAGAUAAAGGAAAGAGAUGUGGCUUUUGUGAUAUUCUAUCACAAACACUUUUAUUGUAUCUCUGUAAAAUACAAUGUAUGUAUGCAUGUAAGUGUUUUCGUCCUAAUGUUGCUACUCCCAUGGCAAAGAAAAAAAAAAAAGAAUGAAAAAAAGAAAAAAAAACUUGGAAAAAAAAUCAGGCUCAUAGAAGCUACUGUGUAGAAAUUUCCCCCUACUUCUAAUUUGCUGAAUGAAGAAAAAAAUCUUUUAUUUGUGAUAUUUUCAGAGACAUUUGCUCUAGUAUGGUGUAUUUAAAUAA